GGCCCAGUUGGAUCUUUUUCUAUAUAAUACUUUAAGACGCAUAGUAUUGGGCUUUACUUAGAAGGCCGAAACUCAUAAAGUUGAAAAAGAACCUUUGCGAUACGGUGUAAGUUGGAUAUCUAUUCGAGGAAAACAAAGAAGAACAAGAUAAUCAUUGUAAAAUGGAUCAUUUAAAUAAAAUUUUGCAACCACACGUUCGAGCCAGUAAAAUUAGAUUGUCGUAUGUGGAUGAAUUAUUUCCGGAUCUCAAAGAUAAUCCAUACAUUAUCCUUCACAAAAAUGUUCCUGGCAUACGGCAUCUCUCGGACCAUGAAAAGAACGAAAAAAGCUUCAACGAGUACUCGAUGAGACAUGAUGUCAGUGGUUCGCCUUUGGAGUAUUCAUUUGAUAACUGCGAAUUCGAUGACACUGUUGUUAUAACAAGACAGAAUUGGCGGAAAGAAGAAGAGUCCUAUUUGCCAUUGAAUAGAAUGGAUGCAAGUAAUGCAGUGAAUAAAUGUCUUGAACAUCUUGAUACUGAUACUUUGCCAAUAUUAGCUCUCUGCGAUGGAAAAGAUCCUAAGCAGAGCAAGCUUAUUGGUACUAUUGUUUCCCAAGAUUGGUUCACCACUCUGGAAGCUGUUUCUACUGGUACGACAAAUCUGGCUACAAUAAGAAACAAAUGUCACAAAGUCGUACAGGAACAUCUUAAACAUCCGUUUACACAAGAACAUAAUAUUAAAAUAUCUGUGUUCAGUGCUCUUGACUUGUUUGGAAUAAAACAAGAAAUGAUCGAUUGGGAGAAAACUGCCAAAAGUGAUUUUGAAGGAAACAUUAAUAUUGAAAUGCAUUCAAGUAGCUUAGAUUCAAGACCAUCAAAAAUUACUUUGGUAGCUCAAAUAAAUGCUGAAUGGAAGGAUAGUCUAUUAAAAGAACUGAGAGAUCAGUUAUUUUUAUUAAGCCAGUAUUUAUCAAUGAUAGAUGAGUGUAAGAAAAAUAUUGGACUACAAAACUCAAUAAUAUUCACAUCAUAUUCAGAGGAACAUGACAUCAUAAACGAAAAAUUACAUCUUUUACUGAAUGGAGAUUUCAAUUUUCGGAAAUCUGAUAAUAGCAAUGUUAAGGAAAGCAAUCACAUCAGCAAGGAAAAUUUUGAAAUUGAUGCAAAGCUGCGGGAACGUGUACAAAAUAUUUUUUUGAGACAUGAUGUAGAUUUCACCGAUCUCUUGUGGGAAAUACUUAUAAAGGCUUCAACAUAUCCACAAAUGAUAAACUAUAUUGAAACAAUUUUGAAGGAAAUUAUUGAACAUAAAUUUACACCACAGAUCAAUGACACAAAUUUAACAAAAUUUGUGAAAUGCAUUUCCAAUCUGCAUCAUCAAGAAACAAUAUCUCAUUUAUUAGUGGGAAGUAUACCAUUAGAACUUGUUGUAGAUAUGGGAUUUGAGAAGCUUAUUCGAGAUUACUUAUAUAUCUUAAGAGGAGCGCAAUUUAUCGAUCUACACGAUAUUCGACAAAAACUAAACAAUAUAUCUUCCGGAAUCUUCAACACAGAGAGUUACAGGAAUAAGUUGAUUAUGUUAGCGCAAAUCCACAUCUGUCUGGAAUGUAUGUUGCUUAUUGAAGCACAUCUGGAAUGUCCAAUUGAAAAUUUACAAAGUUUGUUUGCUUACACAUACAAAGAGCUCGUGUCUGAACAGUCUCCCUUACAGCAUUAUUCUGACCUUCGUAGUCGAAUUUUCACUUUUACGGUGCCUCUACCCAAUGCAUUAGCUAAUGAGUUAAAUAAGAUGAAUCCCUCUGUAUGGAGAGCUUCUGUUUCGUCUCAUUCUGCCGCGUCGAUGCUGACUACUACUACCUAUUGCAACAAACUGCCUAUUUUUCCAACAAAUAUAUAUUCUACUGACAAUGUAGAUGUACAGGAAGAAAUAGUCUAUGGUAUAAGCACAAUAUCAUCAUCGGAAAAGUAUAAGAAACUGUGAAGUGUAACGCUCUUGAACUUUAAGAAAUGAAUUAAAAUUUUAGAAUUGAUGAAAUUUUUUGAAUAAACGGGACAUGGUGCGUGAUGUAAUUGAGUGUUUAAUUAAUAAUCGAUAAAAGUUAUAAAAGCAAUCUCAUAAAUCUUCAAAUACAGUUACAUGUAUUAGAUAUAUAAAUAUAACUACAUUUAUGAGUGUUUUUUGUACUCUCAGUCAUUGACAAUGUACACUCGAGCAUGCUAUUAGCCAUUCUCUGUGAUUGACACAAAUCUUAUUAAAUUACCGUAUUGCGAAGUAUACAUAUAUAUAUAAAUUUCAUUUAAAUGAUUAUUCUCAAUGUACAAAAGUAUAUCGUAUUAAAAAUUCCUCAUU